AUGCUGUUCUUCAAGCUCUUCUUUGUCAAGAGGAAGUGGACCAACCAAUCUCGUCUCAACCCGAACUGGCCUUCAUACCUCCAUAACAAGUGCAACAACCCUCUCUGCCGUUUUGCCAACCCACCUCAGGCGGCAAAAGGAAAAGGACGGCCCUGCGAAGGAACGUACUACGUAUCCGAUGAUGCUGUCGCUUUGGUGAUGAAGCAACACAAGACUGCGUUGAGGAAGGAGGAGAAAGCUAGACAGAGAGCGGCGGAGCGGCCGAGGAAUUUCAAGGCGCUGGACGACCCACCUGCACCCCCACCCCCGCCGAGACCGUCGCCAGCGUCAUCACCGUCACCUUCAAUCAGCGGCAAGAAUAAGCCACUUCCCAGCCACCCCAAGCCACGGGUCAACGCUCGGGAGAAACGCACUGGCGACCCAGCUUCAAAGCCUCAUCGAUGCUACGAGAUUCAGCCACGACCUAUAUAUAUACACCCCAAGCAGCCAAGGACUCUUGAUCCAGCUAUCGGAAGACGGCCGGAGAGAAAGGAACGCGAGAGGGCCCACUGCGCUGCGCGCAGCCAUUGCAGCCCUCGUUUAUCCCCCCCUGACGAUGCGAACUGGUCGCGAGCUCCCACCCCCAUCCCACCUCUAUCCCGCCCCUCUUCUCGGACGACGCGCCGACAACGGGAACCCGUUGGCCAUAUUCAAGAUCCCUAUCUUGUGAGUGUGAGGGAGAAGCUUUAUUACCCAGUCGCGGCCCCCCCCCCCCCCCCCCCCCUAUUGAAUGAUGCCGCGUCGCGACGCGACACGUUGAUGCCACUUUAUGUACCCCUGUCUCUCGUUUUAACCAAUCAGGACCAGGAUCCUGUGGCACCAUAA